UUUUAUUUCGAGGAUUAUUGUCAAUACUCAUCACUACCUUCGCCAUAAGCUUGUCGAACCAAGGCAGAAGGGUAGCAUUCAAGGAUUUGAAAAGGAUACCACUCCCAGAGUAAUCCUUAGUACGGUACUGUGUGCAGUCGUCGUAAUCAGUCCAUGAUCAUCGCCUUCUGAUUUACCAAAACCCUCGCGUAAACAUGCCUCCAAGCAAAGGCCAUGAUGCCGCACCUCCUCCCAAUUGGCCUGCUUCCGUGAUCUACUUGUCUAAACCUCGCCUUUCCCCGAAGUUUCCUCCUUCCCUUCUCCCGUUCAUUGCGUCACCCAGUUUUACACCCCAAACAACCAAACAUCCGUCUCAUGUCCAGAUCAAAAAGAUUGCUGAAGUCUCACAUCCCGCUUAUGGACAACUGGGACUUUUCGCCAGACAGAAAGUCAAGGAAAACGAACUCGUUAUCCCGUAUCUUGGUAUCAUCCAUGUCACUUUCACACCUGACAACGGAAGCGACUCCAUCCUUGAUGAACAUUCUGAAAGCGACUACGAUUUGUCUCUUCUUCGACUGUCUUCCUCUGACAUCAGAAACCCCUUCCCUGGGCAGCAUAUAUCGAUAGGUGUAGAUGCAGCUCGAGAGGGUAAUGCAGGGAGAUUCGUUAAUGACUAUCGAGGAGUCAAACCCGCCGGGCCAAAUGCCGAGUUUCGAGUUGGUAAAGGUGAAGGCGGGGAACUGAGAAUGGAGAUUUGGAGUCUCAGAGGCGGCAUUGGCAAAGGCGAUGAGGUGCUGGUCAGCUACGGCAAGGGAUGGUGGGGGGCAAGAAAGUAAUGAUCACAUUGUAUCAUCAUUCCCAUUCCCAUUCCCAGCCGUGCAGCUCGUCUUGUUGCGCUGUCCAAUCUCCGCCUUUGCGACGUUGCCGUUUCAUUGCAAAAGUCCCUUGCGCACGGCCUACUGUCAACUCAUAUUCUCCACGUUACUCUCACCCAUCAAGUGCCUGGCUCCGUCCACAACAAAUAUUCUCUUCUCCCUGGGCGCUUGUCGCGAUGAGACACCGGACGAUUCGCCCUGGGCACUGGGUGGAAGCACCGGCAGACUGGAAUGAGCUGUCAAGUUAGGUUCCAUGACCACGAGUUGAGUCGAAAGUCCCCUGCAAUGUCAUCCUCAGUUUGGGCUUGAUAAGCUGGUAAACCGUGCGUACGAUGGGUCGAUAGAAGAGAAAUGAUUGGCUGUCUCUCUGGCGGCAGCAAGUACAUUGAGGUAAUCAGAAAUGCAG